CACGCCAGUUCUGCCUCUACUGCCUCUGCAAGCGCAGGCAAGAUGGCAGCUUCCAUUUCGGCCAUAUUUUGGCUUUAAAACGCCUUAAUGAGAGUAAAUGGGGACCGUCCAGUCCAUACUUUUAUACAGUCUAUAAUCACAACCCAAACUCCACAACGCGCCAAGCAGCACAUUUUUAGUUGCUGCGGAAGCACAGCUCAUUUAGGCUCAGCUCAGCUCACCUCAGGACUUGUUGUGCUACUAAGAUAUAAGGCAGUGUGAGGUUGGUGGAUGGUGGCAGUCGCUGUGCUGGGAGAGUGGAGGUUCUUCAUAGAGGGCAGUGGGGAACAGUGUGUGGUGAUGACAGGGAUAUGAGUGAUGCUGCAGUGGUGUGUAGAGAGCUGGGCUGUGGAGAAGCUGUAGAUGCACUGGGCAAAUCUCAUUUUGGAUCAGGAUCAGGACCAAUCUGGAUGGAUGAUGUGGACUGUAGUGGAUCAGAGUCUAGACUGAAGAACUGUAGAUCACCAGUAUGGGGUAAACAUGACUGCAAUGAAACCCACAAUUCUGGAGUCAUCUGUUCAGGAGCCAGGCUGGUUUUAGGUUCUCGCUGCUCUGAGAGAGUGGAGGUUCUUCAUGGAGAGAGCUGGGUCACAGUGUGUGAUGCUGACUUUGACCAGCAGGGUGCAGAGGUUGUGUGUCGAGAGCUGGGCUGUGGUUCUCCUGUGAAGGUUCUGGGAGCAGCUGCGUUUGGUAGAGGGGAGGGUCAGGUGUGGUCAGAGGUGCUUCAGUGUAGAGGAAACAAAUCUCAGACUCACUUCUGUCCAAAAUCAUCUUCACUCAAACACAACUGCUCCCAUGAUAAUGAUGUGGGACUGGUGUGUGCAGGAGUCCUGCUGGUUAAUGGCUCUCGCUGCUCUGGAAGAGUGGAGGUUCUUCAUGGUGAGAGCUGGUUCACAGUGUGUGAUGCUGACUUUAACCAGCAGGAUGCAGAGGUUGUGUGUCGGGAGCUGGGCUGUGGUUCUCCUGUGGAGAUUCUGGGAGCAGCUGCUUUUGGUAGAGGGGAGGGUCCGGUGUGGUCAGAGGAGCUUCAGUGUAGAGGAAACAAAUCUCAGACUCACUUCUGUCCAAAAUCAUCUUCACUCAAACACAACUGCUCCCAUGAUAAUGAUGUGGGACUGGUGUGUUCUGGCAGUGUGAGGUUGGUAGAUGGUGACAGUCGCUGUGCUGGGAGAGUGGAGGUUCUUUAUAGAGGACAGUGGGGAUCAGUGUGUGGUAAUAACUGGGAUAUGAGAGAUGCUGCAGUGGUGUGUAGAGAGCUGGGCUGUGGAGAAGCUGUAGAUACAUAUCAGGAGUCUUACUUUGGAUCAGCAUCCGGACCAAUCUGGAUGGAUAAUGUGCACUGCAGUGGCUCUGAGUCUACACUGAGGAACUGUGAAUCAGCAGGAUGGGGUAAACAUAACUGUGAUCAUUCUAAAGAUGCUGGAGUCAUCUGUUCAGGAGUCCGGGUGGUUGGUGGUUCUCACUGUUCUGAGAGAGUGGAGGUUCUUCAUGGAGAGAGCUGGGUCACAGUGUGUGAUGCUGACUUUAACCAGCAGGAUGCAGAGGUUGUGUGUCGAGAGCUGGGCUGUGGUUCUCUUGUGGAGGUUCUGGGAGCAGCUGCUUUUGGUAGAGGGGAGGGUCCGGUGUGGUCAGAGAAGCUUCAGUGUAGAGGAACUGAAUCUCAGAUUCACUUCUGUCCAAAAUCAUCUUCACUCAAACACAACUGCUCCCAUGAUAAUGAUGUGGGACUGGUGUGUGCAGACAGUGUGAGGUUGGCGGAUGGUGGCAGUCGCUGUGCUGGAAGAGCAGAGGUUUUUCACAGAGGACAGUGGGGAACAAUUUGUGGUGCUGGUGCAAAUUUCAUAGCGGGUUUUGUCAUGUGUAAAGAGUUGGGCUGUGGAGAGCCGUUUAGGACUGAUGCAGCUGUUCCAGGAUCUGCACCGAUCUGGAUGAGUCAUGUGAAGUGUACUGGAUCAGAGUCUACACUGAAACACUGUGGAUCAUUAGGGUGGGGUGAACACAGCUGUAAUCAUAAUAUGGAUAUUGAGCUUACCUGUUCAGAUCACAGGACAUCCAGACUUGCUGAUGGUCCUCAUGUUUGCUCUGGGAGAGUGGAGGUUUUUCAUGGAGCGUCUUGGUUCACAGUGUGUGAUGCUGACUUUGACCAGCAGGAUGCAGAGGUUGUGUGUCGAGAGCUGGGCUGUGGUUCUCCUGUGGAGGUUCUGGGAGCAGCUGCUUUUGGUAGAGGGGAGGGUCAGGUGUGUUUAGAGGAGCUUCAGUGUAGAGGCAGCGAAUCACAGAUUCACUUCUGUCCAAAAUCAUCUUCACUCAAACACAACUGCUCCCAUGAUAAUGAUGUGGGACUGGUGUGUGCUGACAGUGUGAGGUUGGUGGAUGGUGGCCAUCGCUGUGCUGGGAGAGUGGAGGUUUUUUAUAACAGAACAUGGAGAUCAGUGUGUGGUAAAAACUGGGAUGUAAGAGAUGCUGCAGUGGUGUGUAGAGAGCUGGGCUGUUGGGAGGCUGUAUUUAAAAAUGUUCAGUUUGGACCAAGAUCAGCCUGGAUGGAUGAUGUGAACUGUAGUGGAUCAGAGUCUUCAGUGAAGCACUGUAGAUCAGCUGGAUGGGUGGAACAAAUUCGUAAUCGACUUGCUGGAGUCAUCUGUUCAGGGGUCAGAUUGGUGGGCAGAUCUCGCUGCUCUGGGAGAGUGGAGGUUCUUCAUGGAGAGAGCUGGGUCACAGUGUGUGAUGCUGACUUUGACCAGCAGGGUGCAGAGGUUGUGUGUCGAGAGCUGGGCUGUGGUUCUCCUGUGAAGGUUCUGGGAGCAGCUGCUUUUGGUAGAGGGGAGGGUCCGGUGUGGUCAGAGGAGUUUCAGUGUAGAGGAAACGAAUCUCAGAUUCACUUCUGUCCAAAAUCAUCUUCACUCAAACACAACUGCUCCCAUGAUAAUGAUGUGGGACUGGCAUGUUCUGGUGACAAGCGAAGACUUGUUGGUGGUCCUCACGCAUGCUCUGGGAGAGUAGAGAAGCUUCAUCGGAAUUCUUGGCUUCCAGUGUGUGAUGCUGACUUUAACCAGCAGGAUGCAGAGGUUGUGUGCAGCUGGGAGCUGGGCUGUGGUUCUCCUGUGGAGGUUCUGGGAGCAGCUGCUUUUGGUAGAGCAGAGGGUCAGAUGUGGUCAGAGGAGCUUCAGUGUAGAGGAAACGAAUCUCAUAUGUACCUCUGCCAGACAUCUCCUUCUUUGAAACCCAACUGCUCUCACAACAAGGAUGUGGGACUAAGAUGCUCUGGUCACACUCAGGCUCGGCUGAUGAACGGCUCAGAUUCCUGUUCUGGUCGAGUGGAGCUCCAGUACCUCAGUGAGUGGGGUACAGUGUGUGAUGUAAGCUGGGAUAUGAGAGCUGCCAGUGUCCUCUGUGCUCAGCUGAAGUGUGGGAGUUCUGUGGCUGUGUUGGGGUCAGACUGGUUUGGGGAGGGGAGUGGCCGGAUCUGGGCUGAUGUGUUUGAUUGUCAGGGAAACGAAACACACCUGUUAAAAUGUCCCAUUUCAUCAUGGAGUCGAACUGCAUGCUCUCAUGAACAGUAUGCUGGAGUUAUCUGUAGUGGUUCUUCUCUGGCGUCUCAUGAGGGAGGAGUGCGGUUGUCUGGAGGGAUGGAGUGUGAGGGGGAGGUGGAGGUGUUCUUCAGGCAGGACUGGAGGAGAGUUCUGCUGGACUCCUGGAGUGAGUCUGAGGCCUCUGUGGUCUGCAGACAGCUGGGCUGUGGUUCUGUACUCAACAUCUCCAGCUCCUCUUCAUCCAGUCCAGAACACAGCUACAUGUGUGUGACGGGUUUCAACUGCUCUGGGAGUGAAGCUCAUCUGAGGAACUGCAGCAGCUCACAAGCAGUUAACUGCAGCUCCACAGUACAGCUCUACAUCACCUGCUCUGGUACAUCUAACACAGUCCACAGCUCCAUCAGGCUGGUUGGUUCUGGGGGAGACUGUGCUGGAAGGCUGGAGGUUUUCCACAGUGGAUCAUGGGGGACAGUGAGUGAUGAAUUGUGGGAUAUUGAGGAUGCGCAGGUGGUCUGCAGACAGCUGCAGUGUGGAGUCGCCCUCAGUGCUCCAGUACCAGUACCAGCCCGGUUUGGAUCUGGAACUGGACCCAUUUGGCUGAAUGAGGUGGAGUGUGAGGGGAACGAGGCGUCUCUGUGGAACUGCAGAUAUCAGCUGUGUGGAGAGGAUGAAUGUGGACACAAGGAUGAUGUAGGAGUCGUGUGCUCAGAGUAUAAAGAGAUCAGACUGACUGAGGGCUGUGAGGGGAAUCUGGAGGUGUACUAUAAUGGAACCUGCGGGAAUGUGUGUGUAAAUGGGAUGACUGAUGAAACGGCAAAAUUGAUCUGUCGAGAGCUGAACUGUGGAAGAACUGGCAGUGAGUCUUGGUCUAAAGCAAGAGUGGAAUCAGCUCCUAACUGGCUGGAUAAUGUAAAAUGUAGGAAACAUGACUCCACUCUGUGGCACUGUCCAUCUUCUUCCUGGGGGGAGAACAGGUGUGAUAAUCGCAAUGAGGUUGCUUGCAUUACCUGCUCAGAGCACAUUCCUCUGAGGCUGAGGGGAGGAGUAGGAAGCUGUUCUGGAUGGCUGCAGGUGUAUCAUAAUAAAACAUGGGGGUCUGUAUGUGGUGACCUCUGGGACAUCAGGGAUGCUCAGGUAGUCUGCAGGCAGCUGGGUUGUGGGCCGGCGCUGAGUGCUAAUAGAAGAGCUGCUGAUGGUUCUGGUGGAGGAACUAUCUGGAUGAACAGAAUGAAGUGUAGAGGGAAUGAGAUUCACAUGUGGGACUGUCCUCAUUCCCUGAAGAACCACACUGACUGCUCCCACAGUGCUGGAGUCACUUGUGGAGGCUUCCUGUAUCAUACUUUGCCUUUAAAUAAUAAAAGAGGACAGAUGGGACAUUUUGUCUUGCAAGAUUCUCAACCACAGACAAGAAGAAUCAUACUUCCACAAACUCCUCCACCAGCUGUUCCCUCCAUCUAUCCAGUGUCUCUCCUGGUUCUGGGAUAUGUGCUCUUCCUGGCCUUAGUGCUUCUGGUUGUGCUGUUUUAUCAGAACAGAGUGCUCAGGAGAGUGAUCUCUAAGAGGAGGAAGACUUCCGCUGACCUGUCUAUGAGGAGAUUGACACCAGGCUCAUCCCUAAAAGAAUUACUGUCUCAACUGAAAGGUGGUGAGCUUCCUGAGGGCUUUGAGGAUAGUUAUCCUGGUGCGUGUCUUUCGUCUGGCCUCUCAGAAGAAAGAUCUGGAGAAGGUCGCUAGAAGAAAGGUAUCUGAGAACAAAAGGCGGUAACAAAAAGGAUGGAUUUGAUUUGGAUCUCACCUAUGUCACAGGCACUCUACAGAAAUCCCAUAAAAGAAGCUGCCAUAUUUCUGGACACAAAGCAUCCCGAUCAUUACAGAGUUUACAAUCUCUGCAGUCAAAAAGGCUACGAUCCACUGUUCUUCCAUUACAGAGUGCAACGAGUGACGAUUGACGACCAUAACGUACCGUCAUUAGACCAACCCACUCGUUAGGACUCCCCCUAUCACUAGUAAUGCCCCAACACACCAAACAGGAGGAUGAAGACUAGCACACUCUUUCUCCGAUACAUGUGAAGUCAGCCACCGCUUCUUUUCGAGCUGCUGCUGAUGCAGCAUUGCCAAGCAGCCAGCACAUUUGGAGGAAAGCGCAGCGGCAGCCCGAGGAACCUGAGGAAAGUGGUGGGAAAUCUCGAGCCAGGUCAGACCUUGGGUUGGGUUUGGGCAGAGAACCUAAGCUCUUAUUCACAUAUUGAACUUUGUGUUAUUGUGUUCUCAGUGACAUGUUGAACUACACUGCCAGUUUGAGGGAAUGUCAUUGCCAUCCACUGCAAAGGAGGCAAAGGUGUGGGAAAGGGCAAUGGCAGUGAUCUGAAGAUGAUCAUAGUGAAAAGAGAGCAGGUGUUCCAGUGUGUCUGUGCCACGCAGACGAACUGUAGGCCAAGACAGCUCUGACCAACAACCAAAGAGAUUACAAAGAUUGUUGUGACUCAUUUUGCUGUUCCCAGAUACUGAAAACAAUGCCGUGGUGAUCAGCUUUCAGGAAGGGCCAGUGGUUUGUGGUGAUGUUAAGGUCAUGUUUGAAUCCAGGGCUGGUCUUCCAAAGGGGUAUGAGGACUAUCCUUUCUAUUUCUGGUUCAACACUUCAUUUGUAGAGAACAACAGGCUCUAUCUGUCAAGGGAGGAACUGGACAACCCACGUAAGUCCAAAACCUGGGACAUCUACAAGGAGGACUUUGGUGUGACCGUGUCUUUCAGUGACCCUGCACUUAUGUAGCAGACGACACUUGCUUGUGUAUCUAAAUCUUUAAAGGUCUAAAUCUUUGCUCUAAUGUAGGUUUUCACACACUUAUAAAAGGUGAGUGAUGUUUAGGGAUUGGAUUCGGGCAUAUUGUGCCCCUAAAGCUAUAGCUAUAGCUAUAUAACCUCAACUUUAUGUCCAUCCCCCAUCUUCACUGUAAGAGCUUUUUACUGAGCCGUGCAUACACCACAAUAUUAUGCAUUUGUUUGUCAAAUGUUUUUUUGUCUUUAAAUGAAGACAAAUGUUUGUGUCAGUUUAGCAUAUUAUGCUUCCAAAAUGUAAAUCUUACUCUUUAAGCUUGAGUGUACAUCAAAUAAAGCAAUCGAGGCUGCCACUGUGAAAUGGUCAAUGGUUAUGUGUGCAGAAACAUGUUUUUGUAGUACACAUGUAUUGAAAUAAAUACUAAUGUCUCUGUAA